CGACGAGGAACUGAUUGUCGAAGUUCAAAGGCAUUCAAUUCUCUACGAUAAAUCCCACAAAUUCCACAAAGACAUCAGAAAAAAGGAUUCCGUCUGGAGAAGUAUAGCUGAAGCAUUGAAUACACAUGAAAAAGGUUAUUACAACAAUGUCAAGAUAUCACAAAGCGGCCAUUGAUGGCUAUUUGGAUCUUUUGAAAGAAGCCACAAGAAAAGAUCUGAACACCCCAGACGAGGAUGGCAUGACACCGACUCUCUGGGCGGCUUAUCAUGGACACAUUGAGGCUCUUCAGCUGAUAUGUAGCAGAGGGGGGGAUCCAAACAAAAGUGACAUAUGGGGGAACACGCCCUUACAUCACGCUGCUGCAAACAAUCACAUGCAGAUCCUCAGCUUCCUGGUCAACUUUGGAGCUAACCUCUUCGCUCUGGACAAUGAUUUCCACACUCCUAUGGACGUCGCUGCAUCUCGAGACCAUAUGAACUGUGUAAGUUAUCUAGACAGCGCUGCCUCCCAACAAACAAGCCAGAAUGGCAAAAAGGUGUCACGACUGAAAGAGCAGGCUACCAAAGAUGCAGAACGUAGAGUCAAGGAAUGCGAACGGGUGAAGAAGAGGCAUCAAAGUAAGAUGGACAAGAUGUACCGUGGCGGCUCUGUCUCGGAGGCCAGUCUAUCCUCAUCCAGUAUGGGCACAAUAAACAGCGUGACAGGGGAACAAUUCUCAAAACUCAUUGCCGCGGACACCAACGGGUCUGUCAAGUUAACGUUAAAGGGAACCCUCCAACGCAAGUUUGGGAAAAAGGACAAAGGGACAGUGAGUAGACAGGGGGACAGCAAUGUCAUUUUUGUCAAACAAGAUGGUGGCUCUCAAGGGAAGCCUGACUUUAUUGACGUCUUCAAUGAGCAGGAUGAAAACGAGGAAGAAGAUGGCGAGAGAGGUUUUGACAGCGAUGAAGAGGGAGCAAGUCAGGGGAAAUCUAUCUUUGAAAGACCUGGCCUUGGUAAAAUGGUCUUCCGCAAGAACUUCUCCAUGGAGAUGGGCAUUGAACCAGAAGACCUUCCACGUGGUGAUACAGAAGACCUUGGGUUCCUCAUCCGGCAAGAGGUGUUUGAGACUGAGAACAUAGGAUCGGAAGGUUUUGAGGAGGAUUCAGAACUUCCUUGGAAUGAAGAGGAGAUUGGUCUGGAUGAUGAAGAUGAGACAUCACCCUUGGAUUCAUUCUUGGCGUCCAUCAGCUUGUUGAACUUUGCUCCUGUGUUCACCCGUGAGCAGCUGGAUCUUGAAGCCCUAAUGCUCUGCUCAGAUGAUGAUCUCAAAAGCAUCCGUAUACAACUGGGGCCACGCAAAAAGAUUCUGGAAGCUGCAGCUCGCAGGAAGGCUGUCCUGGAGCAGUCUAAUGUUAUGAACGAUAGCUUCCUUUAAGAAAUAAAAUAUUGCAUGUUUCUUUCAGUUUGGAUUUAGUUUAGUUCUGAUUCGCUUGUUUCUAUCAUAGCUCACUUUCUUUGAUUUGAAUGAUUACAGUGCUUGCAAUUCUUCUUCUUAAAAUGUAUAAUUCACCCAAAAAGACCCUGUCUUUCCAAACCUUGCAUGGCUUUUCUUUUUCCAUGAAACAUAAAUGGAGAUAUUUACAGAAGUUAAAGAAGCUGUUGAUUGUGAUAUUUUUUUAUAUUUGUAGACAACAGUUAAAAAAUUGUUAUAUAAGAAUUUGUUUAAAUUUUGUAUUAUGUUUCAGACAAUCAUUGGUCAGUUCGUUUGUAGAUUUCUUCUCUGCCAGCUAAAAUAGUUUCAAAAGAAGCCAAAACAUAAAGCAAAUCCACUCUCUGCACUGCUCUCAUACUCUGGAUUUGAACUAGUUGUGUUUAGUUAAUUAAUAUGAAUCUGUGUUUUUAAAUGAAGUGGAGUGGCAGUAGCUUAGUGGGCUAAAGCACAUAACUGGUAAUCAGAAGGUUGCUGGUUCAAUCCCCACAGCUACCACCACUGUGUCCUUGACCAAGGCAGUUAACUCCAGGUUGCUCCGGGGGGAUUGUCCCUGUAAUAAAUGCACUGUAAGUCGCUUUGGAUAAAAUUGUCUGCCAAAUGCAUAAAUGUAAAUGUUUAUGAUGCUUAAUAAGCCGUCAACGAAUGCGUUAUUAUAAAUACGCAUUCGUAAUAAAUUGACAUGGGUAGAUUUUUGCCCUUACGCUGAUUUCACAUGCCAAGUAAACACCUUACCUACAAACUCAAAGACUUCACUCAAAGUCUCACUCAUAACACAAAAGAGGCUUAUUUGUCUCCACCUACUGGAAGAAAGAUGUAAUUUACAGAAAUUAUUACUAAACGAAUCAGUGGACUAAAUCAAAAUGAACAAUUAAUCAAAAUCCCCACCACUAUUUGCAAAGCCAGAGUGACUGAAAUAGUGAAGCUUCCCAGUGCUGUAAUACUGAAGUCAGCACUCUUGAAAUGCUUCUUGGCCUAUCAGAUUCAAGGACAGGAACUGCUGUUUAAAUGGAAGUAGAUAAGGCCCAGGGGCAUGAAAAAGCUUGAAAAGGGACAAAAAAAAGUACCAAAUAGUAGUCCAUAUGACUUUUGUGGUACAUUCCAAGUCUUCUAAAGCCAUACCAUAGCCUUUUGUGAGAAUCAAACCCAAAGUUAAUUUAUUGUUUACUUGCUCAAAAAUCUUGCUUGACAUAAUUUUUAAUUUUACGUGAACUAUCCCUUUAAGGCACAGACUUUGUUCAAGCUUUUGUUUUGUAGAUAAUUUCAGUCUUACACCUUGUCCUAACCAGACGCGAUGCAGUAAGAUUCCAGAGACAAACAAUCUGUCUGUCCACACUAGGCAUGAUGCGACAUCACAAUAUUCAUACACUAAAAUUAGGGUAAUUGACAAUACAGACAGAACAGUCUGUUAAUUAAACGAAACUCAUUUUCUUAAUGAAGCUGCAUGAGCAUAUGCUUUCUCACUCCCUAGUAUCUUUAUGUAUAAGGGGUGGGUGUAGAGAUGGUCUUUAGGGUUAAGGACCAAUAGCUAGUACGGCGGUUAGUACAAACUGGCACGGAGUCACAUUUCGGCACAACACUGGCUUUAAUAUACUGUUAUAAGAAUAAUUUUAGAACCAUUUGUUGACUGGGCUGCCCGACACGAAAUAGAAACAGAAACCAAUUAAAAACUAGAAUGCAAUUGCAUGUUGCAGCAUCACGUCUGGUUAGAACACAGUGUUAUUGUAGGUAUUCUAUCUAUUUUUGUUUUUGAUGAACUUUAUACUUCGUAAGAUUUAAGAAAAGACAAUGAACAUUUCCCUGACUUACAUUGCUAGAAUUAAAAAUAUAAACAAGGAUGGCAUUUAUAUAUAUAUAUAUAAUAAUUGACACAUAUGAUUGCAAUUGGUCUUCGUUCUUGCAUGUGUUUGUAUAUUAAAUUGAAAUUGGUCUUUUAUUUUCACCUGUUUGUCAAUCUACAGUAUAUUGCACAUUACUAUCAAUAUUUCUUUCUCUCCCUUUUUACCUCUAUUUGUAUUUGGGUUUCAAAAUCUUACAUUCUUUUUCUGGCUUGCAAGAAAUUGUAUUUCCUUCAGUAAAUGUAAAUCUAGUUUUAAAAAAUACACUAGUGAAAAUAUAUUUUUCAUGAGCUUAUAAGUGAAAUAAGUUUAAAUGAAUAAAUAAUAAUAAUAAAACACUUCAGCUUUGGUUUGCUGAAUAUAUAUGACACUGGUUAUUUUUUUUGUCCUAUAGAUUAAAUUGCUUAAUCAAUCAGUUUAUACUGUAUAUCAACCUCAUGGGAUACACUAUAUGAAGAUAUGGAUGGUUUGUUAUUUAAAGGAAUUCCUGAACACCUU